AUGGCACCUGGAGACACAUUGCCCGACUUUUUGACCAACACCCCACUUCACAAAUCAUUCGAUGAAGAUAUCCGCGAUACCCAUCUGGUAUACGACUACGAUGCGCAAGAUCGGGAAGGCAAACCAGAAAAAUGGCGAUACGAGAUGUGGUUCGUCUCCGACACUGUUGUGAUGUACGCAAUCCAUGGCGGACCCAUGGCUGGUCGACAAAACUACCAGCGAGCAACCUACCAAUGUAUCCGCCCUGGUGAGCUUUGGCAGGUCAAUUGGCUCGAAGAGACCGGCAGCAUUAUUUCAGUCGUCUACGACAUAAGAGAGAAGAAGAUGACAAGCAUGAUCGCGUUCUCCGAGGGACAUUGGAAGGAGAAUAAACAAGCUCAUGGAGACAAGAGAAACAAGGAGGAUCUCGAGAGGUGGAGAAAGCUGGCAGACAUUGGGAAUCAGGCUAGUCGGUUCAUGUUGAGCGAACAGGGGACUAUUUUGGAGGUGUUCAAAGGCAAGGGUAAUUUGAAGCCGAUCUCGCAAGAAGAUCCGUUGUUUUGA